UUCUUAUACAUUUUUAAUCGAUUUUUUACAAGUUGAAUAUUUACCAUUUUAAAAACAAGUAUGCGCAGUAAAAGAGCAUUAAAAAUCAAGGUGAAAUAAACAACAGUUGAAUAUAAAUUAAUAUUCGUUUAACCGAGAAAUGAAACGUAUGUGUGUGUAUGUGUUUAGGAGAGUUGUGUCAAUAUUGUAUUAAUAUAAUAUAUUUGUGACCAUGGACCAGGCCGGCUUGACCCCGACCGUCAUAGAUGCAGUUCCCGCCGACCUUUUAUCGGUAACAUACCCAAACAACGUCGUGGUCGAAUGCGGGGCAGAAUUGAAACCCGCACAAGUGGAAAACGAGCCGACUGUUACGUGGUCCGCGGAUCCGGGCAAAUAUUACCUACUUUUGAUGAUCGAUCCGGACGCGCCGUCCAAAACUCGUCCGUUUAUCGGACAGGUCAACCACUGGAUGGUCGGAAACAUUCCCGGGAACGAUGUCAGGUCCCCGAAUUCGGAUGUGAUCGUCGAAUACCGAGGAUCCGGACCGCCGAAAAAUACCGGAUUGCACAGAUACGUGUUUCUGGUCUACGAACAAGAGGGAAAGAUGGGAUUCGACGAACGAAGAAGUCAUGCGAAAACCUACGCGAACAGGUUCAAGUUUUCGGCGAAGAAGUUCAGUGAAAAGUACCGUCUUGGUAAUCCGAUAGCUGGAAACUAUUUUCAAGCUCAGUGGGACGAGCAUGUUGAAGAGGCGAACAAAAAUGUUUCCAUACCGAUUCAAGUCAUGUUUCAAUAUGUGUGGAACAAAUUAUUUUUUUAGUUGUUAAUAUUUUUUAUAAUUUACAUCUAGUCAAGACUAUCAUUUUUAUAUGAAAUAUUACUAAUUUUAAAAAUAAUGUUAUUCUCUGAACAAAGUGAAAUCGAUACAUUUUUACAGCUUUUUGAUAAAUUAGUAUUAUAAUAAAAAAUACUUUUCAUUUUAAUUUAAAAAAAAGUACGUACUUACAUUUGGUUGUUUCCUCAAUGACAUUUUCUCAUAUUUUUUUUUUGGACUUUCACAUUUUCCCUGUAACAAAUUAGAUUAUUAUAUUACCUUAUUACAAAAUUCAGUACAUGCUUUAAUUUAAAAUUUAAAAAAGUUAAAAAUUGUAUACACUAUUCCUCAUGUGUACGUUUAUAUAUCCAUAUUAUUGUCAGUUAUGCAGUAAGUUUGAUAAAAACAAUAUAGCAAUAUAAUUGUAUAUUAGUGGGUUUAAUUAGGUGUUUAUUAAUAUUUGAAAAAUACUCACGGUUCAAAAUUAGAGCAACAUUAAAAUACUACAACCUUA